CGUGGAUGACGCUCUAAUGACCGCAGAGCACGAAACUGGCACAUGGACCAAGAAAGAAAUAUGCAAAACAAUUCAUCCUUCUCUACUUUAUUUAUUGUUGCCUUGAAGUGACUGACCAGGAAAAAGAUCAUCCUUAAAUUUUGAAGCGAGCAAGACUUUAUUAAAAAAUAUGCAUUUGUUAUUCUGGCUCAAAGGAGGUGAACAGCACUCUGCACUUCCUGAGGAAAGAUGGAGCAACAGGAGGAGACCAAGAAGAAAGGGAGGCUGACGCUUCUACUGGCCCUGGCUACACUGAUUGCUGCCUUUGGGUCGUCCUUCCAGUAUGGGUACAACGUGUCUGUUGUCAACUCCCCUGCGGAGAUCAUGAAGCAGUUUUACAAUGACACCUACUACAAAAGAUACGGUGAAUAUGUUUCUGAGUCCUCCCUGACCUUGCUGUGGUCUGUCACUGUGUCCAUGUUCCCCUUCGGAGGCUUCAUCGGAUCCCUCCUGGUCGGCCCCUUGGUGACUAGACUUGGCAGAAAAGGGACCUUGCUGUUCAACAACAUAUUUUCCAUUGUGCCUGCGAUCUUAAUGGGAUGCAGCAAGGUCGCUGAGUCAUUUGAGAUGAUCAUUAUAUCCAGACUUUUGGUGGGAAUAUGUGCAGGUCUGUCUUCCAAUGUGGUCCCUAUGUACCUAGGGGAACUGGCUCCUAAGAACCUGAGAGGGGCCCUUGGGGUAGUACCCCAGCUCUUCAUCACUGUCGGCAUCCUCGUGGCUCAGAUCCUCGGGCUCCGGAGUCUCCUCGCAAAUGAAGAAGGUUGGCCGAUUCUCCUGGGGCUGACCGGAGUCCCCGCAGCGCUGCAGCUUGUGCUCCUGCCUUUCUUCCCUGAGAGCCCCAGAUACCUGCUGGUUCAGAAGAAGGACGAAGAGGCUGCCAAGAAUGCUUUGAAGAGGCUGCGAGGCUGGAACGACGUGGAGGAGGAGAUAGAGGAGAUCCGGCAGGAGGACGAGACGGAGCGGGCCGCGGGCACCAUCUCUGUGCUGAAGCUGUUCAGCAUGCGGUCCCUGCGGUGGCAGGUCAUCACCAUCAUUGUCCUCAUGGCUGGCCAGCAGCUGUCAGGCGUCAACGCGAUCUACUACUAUGCAGACCAGAUCUACGUCAGCGCCGGCGUGAAGGAGGCUGAGGUCCAGUAUGUGACAGCAGGCACGGGGGCCGUCAACGUUGUGAUGACCAUCUGUGCUGUGUUUGUGGUGGAGCUGCUGGGCAGGAGACUUCUGCUCCUCCUGGGCUUCUCUAUCUGCUUCAUGGCCUGCUGUGUGCUGACCGCCGCCCUGGCGCUGCAGGAGACAGUGUCCUGGAUGCCUUACAUCAGCAUCGUCUGUAUCAUCUCCUAUGUCAUAGGACACGCCCUCGGGCCCAGUCCCAUUCCUGCACUGCUCAUCACCGAGAUGUUCCUGCAGUCCUCUCGGCCGGCCGCCUACAUGGUGGGGGGCAGCGUUCACUGGCUCUCCAACUUCACCGUGGGCUUGGUCUUCCCCUUCAUUCAGGUCGGCCUGGGGCCUUACAGCUUCAUCAUUUUUGCCGUAGUAUGUCUUCUCACCACCAUUUUCACUUUCCUGAUUGUCCCCGAGACCAAGGCCAAGACAUUUAUAGAGAUCAAUCAGAUUUUUGCCAAGAAGAAUAAGGUGUCAGAGGUACACCCAGAAAAGGAUGAACUAACGGAUCUUCCACUUUCUACUUUUGGACAGUAA